AAACGCUUAGAUUGUAGUUGUAGUCCAUCAAAAUUAUGGCGCAGUUGCUCAAUGGAAAAUCAAUUUCUGCUGAUAUUCGAAAAUCAUUGUCUCAGAAAGUGAAAGACUUAGCAGAGAAGUGUGCAGGGUUUCGUCCAGGACUGGCCAUUGUCCAGGUUGGCCACCGGGAAGACUCCAAUGUGUAUAUUCGUAUGAAACUUAAAGCUGCACAAGAGAUUGGAAUUCAUGCUCAACAUGUUCAAUUACCCGGAUCAACAAAUUUAUCAAAUCUUUUGAAUAAAAUUAAUGCACUAAAUGCUGAUCCUGAUGUUCAUGGAAUAAUUGUUCAACUACCUCUUGAGACUGACCAACCAAUUGACGCGGAUGUUGCAACAAAUGCUAUAGCUCCAGAAAAAGAUGUUGAUGGUCUCACUGUUCACAAUGCUGGAUUACUCAGUCGGGGUGAUGUUGGAAAAGGCUGCAAUAUUCCUUGUACACCAAGAGGUUGCCUUGAAUUAAUAAAAACCACAGGCAUAUCCAUUUCCGGAAAAAAUGCAGUUGUGCUUGGUCGUAGCAAAAUAGUUGGUGCUCCCAUGUCAGAAUUAUUGCGUUUGAAUAAUGCUACUGUUACUGUCUGUCAUUCCAGGACUGUAAAUACGGAAGCAAUUACAAAAAAUGCUGAUAUUCUAGUUGUCGCAAUAAGACAACAAGAAAUGGUCAAAUCUUCAUGGGUUAAACCUGGAGCUGUUGUGAUUGACUGUGGAAUCAAUGCAAUACCAGAUUCUUCUAAAAAAAGUGGUCAAAGGCUUGUAGGAGACGUCGACUUCAAGGAAGUUUCAACUGUGGCUGGUUGGAUUACUCCAGUUCCAGGUGGUGUUGGUCCUAUGACUGUAGCAAUGUUGAUGCAAAAUACUGUGGAAUGUGCUGCUGUGGAUCUGGAGAAGCGACUCAAUAAGAAGUGGAAUAUUUCUUAUCUCCCCUUAGAUCUCAAAACUCCUGUCCCCACAGAUAUUGCAAUCGCUACAGCACAAACACCUAAGAACAUAAGAGAUUUGGCGGCAGAAGUUGGCCUUUUGCCGAGUGAAGUUAGUGCUUAUGGCAAUGUAAAAGCUAAAGUGUCUUUGUCAACUUUGUCAAGGCUACAGGAUGUUAAGGACGGUAAAUAUGUUGUUAUAACUGGCAUCACACCAACACCGCUUGGAGAAGGAAAAAGUACAACAACAAUUGGAUUAGCUCAGGCACUGGGAGCUCAUUUGAAUAAAAACAUCUUUGCUUGUGUGCGACAGCCUUCACAAGGUCCAACUUUUGGCAUAAAAGGUGGUGCUGCUGGAGGUGGAUACUCGCAAGUCAUUCCAAUGGAUGAAUUUAAUCUUCAUUUAACAGGGGACAUACAUGCCAUCACUGCUGCAAAUAAUUUGCUUGCUGCUGCAAUUGAUGCCAGAAUGUUUCAUGAAAAGUGCCAAUCUGAUAAAGCUUUAUUUAAUCGUCUUGUGCCAAAGAAGCAGGGUAAACGAUCCUUUUGUGAUAUUCAAAAACGAAGAUUGCAGCGCCUUGGAAUCGAAAAAGAUAAUCCAGAUGAACUAACAGAAGAAGAGAUUAAGAAGUUUGCAAGGUUAGACAUAGACCCUGACACUAUCACUUGGCAAAGAGUCAUUGAUACAAAUGAUCGAUACCUUCGCAAGAUAACAAUUGGAUUAUCACCAACAGAAAAAGGUUUUUCUCGAGACACUCAAUUUGAUAUAACAGUAGCAAGUGAGAUAAUGGCAGUAUUGGCUCUGACAACUGACGUUACUGAUAUGUCCAAACGUCUUGGAAAUAUGGUUAUUGGUAGUAGCAAGAGUGGAGAUCCAGUCAGUGCUGAUGAUCUUGGCAUCACUGGUGCUUUGGCAGUUCUGAUGAAGGAUGCUAUUCAGCCAAACUUGAUGCAAACUCUGGAAGGCACUCCUGUUUUUGUUCAUGCUGGACCAUUUGCAAAUAUUGCUCAUGGUAAUUCAUCUAUCCUUGCAGAUAAAAUUGCUUUAAAAUUGGUAGGACCUGAAGGUAUUGUUGUUACAGAAGCUGGGUUUGGAGCAGAUAUUGGCAUGGAAAAGUUUUUCAACAUAAAGUGCAGACAAUCUGGCCUUCGACCUCAUGUUGUUGUGCUGGUAGCUACAAUUAGAGCAAUUAAGAUGCAUGGGGGAGGACCAAAUGUCACAGCUGGAAUGCCACUGCCAAAAGAAUAUUUUGAAGAGAAAUGUGACUUGGUUGGAAAGGGAUUCUCAAAUGUUCGGAAGCAAAUUGAAAAUGCCAAGUAUUUUGGUGUGUCUGUUGUUUUUGCUUUAAAUCAAUUUGUAUUUGACACACAGAAUGAGGUUGAACUAGCAUUGAGGCUUGCACGCGAGGCAGGUGCUUUUGAUGCAGUUUCAUGCACACAUUGGGCGCUUGGGGGUAAAGGUGCCACUGACCUGGCUCGUGCUGUAGUGGCUGCAGCAGAUGCACCAACAGAUUUCAAAUUUUUAUAUGAUGUUAAUUUGCCUAUUGUGGAAAAGAUUGAAAUUAUUGCGAGGAAAAUUUAUGGAGCUGAUGGGGUUGAACUAUCACCAGAAGCAGAGCAAAAGGUAGAGCAAUAUACCAAACAGGGUUUCGCAAAUUUACCAAUAUGCAUGGCAAAGACUCAUCUAUCUCUUUCUCAUAUGCCGGAGUUGAAAGGUUCACCAACAGGUUUUACAUUACCAGUGCGAGACAUUCGCGCAAGCGUCGGAGCUGGAUUUCUUUACCCACUCAUCGGGACUAUGUCAACGAUGCCAGGGCUUCCAACUAGACCAUGCUUUUAUGAUAUUUCAUUGGACCCAGAAACAAUGGAAAUUAAAGGACUGUUCUAAAAUUACAAGUUUUUCAAUAAAUAACUAUGGAGUAAUUGCCUAAUCAAUCAAGUUGCAAUCUCAUUUUCUUUACAAACUUAGCAAUCAGGAAAAAUAUAAACCAUUCAUGGCUAUUAUUAAUGCCGAUUCCAGUGAUAAAAAGCAAUAUGCAUCAAGACCGUUGCUAAGUGAAUAAUUGCCAAGACGGGGAUAUGUUGAUAAUUCUUUUUCUUGAUUUCUAAUCAUUCCGUCUGCCUUCUUACUUCCUAGCUGAAAAUAAAUGUUUAACAAAAGCGUG